CUGCAAGUGGUCAGUUCCCACGGCUCCAGGGAGACAGCGCUGGUUCUCGCUCCCUAAACGCCAUACUAGCGCAUCUGCGCUGCGCUCUGCUCCAAGAGAACCCCCGGCAGCAGAAUGGCGCCCUCAGAAAACAUAAAGGACUUGCUGGUGUUAUAUGAAGAGGAAGCUGAGGAAUGGGCUGUGUACUUCAGAGAUGUCCUCCUCCACAUUGUGAAGAUGGAGGCGAUGCUUUUAUAUAGCUUGGCCAACUCCUCUGCCCGGCAUUUGGAACAGCUUGGCUUAAACUCCUACAAAUGUAAACUACUGAUAUUAUCAAAUAGCCUCCUGAAAGGUCUGACCCCUAGGAAAUGCCGUUUCUUGGACACACUGCUCCAUUCCCCAGAGAGUGUGGUCAUCCUGCUCUGUGGAGUAAAGAGUUCAGAUGAACUUUAUGAAUUAUUAACCAUCUCCCCAGGCAGCCUAGAGAUCUCCACUGAGCAAGAGCCGGAAGAUUACAUCUCAGUUAUCAGGAGUGUCAUACAAAGAGGAUCCCAGAAUUACUUUGAAGUUAAUAAUCCACAAGAAAUAGGGAUGGAACUCUAUAUAGAAACAAAUACAACAGAGGAGACUGAGGCAGCAUUGGAAACUCCUGAAAGCAGUUUGUCAUCAGUACUAGUGUUACCAGCUAAAAUAUCAUGUGAGGAUCCUGGGGACAUAUUCAUCCUUCUGAAAGAUGAAAUCAUUGGUGACAACAUCGAAAUUGAAUUUGCUACAGACAACAAGUGCAUUAGAACCCAGCCACCACUUUGGAGCAAGACAGUCAGGUGUAUGAAAGCUUUUGAUUUCCCUGCUGGCUCUGUCAAUGUAAAUGUCUACUGUGAUGGAAACAUUAAGGCCACAACGAAGAUUAAAUAUUAUACAAUAGAAAAGGAGGUUGAACAUGCACUCAAAGAAACUGAUCCAGGACAUGGGGCUCGACAGGGCUCAUUAGAAGAACUUGAUACUAUUCUCACCUCCAUAUUCAAAGCUGAGAUACCACAUUAUGAUCUUAGAAAGCUCCAAAAAGAAAUGCACCAUCAAGAAAAUAAACAAUUUCGAGAACUCCCAACCCUUCUCCACUGUGCAGCAAAGUUUGGCUUAAAGAAUCUGGCUGUCCAUUUACUUCAGUGUUCAGGUGCAGCUUGGGCAUCGAAAGCUAGAAAUAUAAAAGGAGCAGACCCUGCACAUAUCGCUGAAAGUCAAGGUCAUGGGGAGCUAAAGAGAAUCUUUGAAGAAUUUUCAAUUCAUGAAGAUAACAGAAAUGAUGAUCUUGAAAGUGAGUAUGUAGAAACAAUGGAAGAUGCGAUACCUUCAGCCUCUCCAUUUUGUUCUACAAUGAUUCAGCAUACAUCCCACCAUCAAGGAAGAGGGCAGAUCUACAAGGAGGAAGCAGAGGCAGAGCAAAAGGAAGAGGAAGAGGAACAAGAUGAUGAAGACAGCAGACAGGAAAGCGGCAAUGGGGUUGAGUCAGAGGAUGAAUUGUAUGUUGUUAUUCCUGGGAACGAUCAAGAAGGGAAUUCACAAAACCCCUUGUUCUCUGACAGACCUCCACUCCCCCCUCCUCGGGCUGUGGUUUCUCCCAUUGGACCAGAAAAGCCGCAUUGCCUAUUACCAGGGAAAAUACUAGAAGGACAAUGUGAACGAAGCCAGGCCUGGUGUGAUCUUGGAGCUAAAAAAGAGACAGAAGAUGAGCUGAAAAGGGAGAAGGAAAUGAAAGAAGAGAACGAGGAAGAAGAAGAGGAAGACCCUUACGCCUCUGCAGAAACUGAAGAAAACGAGUAUGACAUAAUCUUGGCCAAUGGAAGUAUAAAGAAGAAAAUAGGUGGGAGGUCUUUCAUUAUAAACAGACCUCCUGCCCCAGCCCCAAGACCAAGUAGUGUUCCCAUUAGAGAGGAGACCACACCUUAUAUAGCUCAAGUCUUUCAGCAGAAGACCACCAGACCCCAGCAGGAUGGUGACAAAGUCCAGGCUCCUGUCAAAAAGCCAGAUAGAACCCGAGUGGACAAUCAACACUGCUCUGCCCUGAAAUGCUGCAUACCCUCUGGCCAAGAAGAACUCAUCCUUUUGCAGGAAAAAGUAAAGACUGGAGAACUUUCUGUAGAUGAAGCCUUGAAGAAGUUCAAACAGUGGCAAACUGGAAAAAGUGGACUUGAAAUUAUUCAGCAGAUAAAAUCACCAUUGUGCACCAUCCAGAUUUUAAAGAAACUGCCCCAAAUGAAAACAUUUUCUAUGGAACACCUGCUACCAAUAAGCUUUGCCCUCGUCCCCAGGUUGAUAAGGAGUAUAGUUUCUGUUGGAGAAAAGAUCAUUAAAGAGUUAAAAUCUCAGCUACAUUCUGCAGAUCAAUUAAAAAAACAGGAAGAGAUGAACCUACAUAACCAUGGCUCAAUGAAAAACCAUCAACCAAGUACAUUCGGAACUUUGAAUAUUUCAUUGGUUUUUCCUCUAUGAAUGUACAUGUGACUUUACUAUUCUAAAUGAUUGAUUCUGUUAAAGAUUUGUAGAUAGAGCCGUCACUAGAUAUUAGAUGAAACAUUUCAAUUGUUAAUCCAUUAUUGAAUAAUAUAUUUCCCUAUUAUUUUAUUUUCAGAAUAUUCUAAUGGAGUCUAAAUGGGUCUAUAAAUGGAUUAAGUUUGUGUUUGAAUUACUUGAUUUUUCAAGGCAAACAUAUUAAUGGCAAAAGAAAUCUCUUUCUCAAAUUGCCCUUGAAUUUGAGAAUUGUUACUAUCCACUCCAGACUGGAAAAAUAAACACUUCUGUCAUUAAGACAAAAUAAUAAUAAUAAUAACAAUAAUAACAACCAGCAUUUACAUAAGGCUUUAAGGUUUGCAUUAUGCUUUACAAAUCUUAUUUCAUCUUAUCUUCACACCAACCUUGAGAAAUGGUUUUUAAUAUUAUCCCCAUUUUUAUAAUGAGGAAACUGAUACAGAUAGAGAUCAAAUGAUUUGCCUAAGGUCACAUAAAUAGAAAAUAUUGGCAACCAGAUUUGAAUUCAGGCCUAGUGCUCUGUCUACUGUGUCACCUAGGUGCUUCAGCAUAUGACAAGUGGUAUCAUUAUUGUCUUUGGAAAUACCUUGCAUCUUAUAAUGUCAGAUGCUACGAAAGCAAUUAUUUCCUGUUUGCAUAAAUGGGCAGAGAAAACAGUUGUGUUUGAACAAAUGUUAAGGUUGUUAAUCCAGUCUCUUGAACUAAGUAAGACAUUUCACUCCUUGCAUGCUUGGGGCCUAGGGGAGAGAAAGCACAAGUGUUAAUUUGGGCAGCUUUAAUGUUUGAAAGUAUAUGAAUUAUUAAGAUUUAUUUUUAGCACAAUAAUGUAAAAGGAAACAACUAUGAAAGACUUCCUAACUGAUCAAAGCAGUGACCAAUUGUGAUUUCAGAAGCUUUUUGCCCAUCUCCUGGCAGAUAAGUGAUGGACCAGUGAUAGAGAACAAGCCAUAAAUCUUCAAAUAUGGCCAAUAUGUUGACUAAUUUCAUAAGGGACAUUUUAUCAUAAGGGACAAUUUCAGUUGGGUGUGAAAAGAGGUAGUUAGUGGAUAGUGAUAGAUUUCAGUGCAAAAAAAUAAUCAAUAAAACAUUUUAAAAACACAAAGUAAAAAACUAAAAGAGGAACAAAAGGGGAGAAAAACAAAUAACUGUUACUAACUUGUUAAAUUUAUCAUAUAGUUUUUAAAACCAUUUGAAAAAUGAGCUGGAGAAGGAAAUGUCAAACCAUUCCACUAUCUCUGCCAAGAAAACUCCAAAUGGGGUCAUGAAGAGCUUGCACAUCACUGAAAAAAUGAUUAAAUGAAAGGAAGGUCAUAGUUUCUUAUGUAAUUUACUCCUUUGGAUAUUGAAAAGUUUGUACUUACUGAUGAUUACUUUAUUCAUAUUUUAAAAGUUGAAAGAGUUUGUAGAUCCAUUUUCUAAAUUCAUCAAGUUGAAAAUCUCUGUCCAUGACAUUUAUGUACAGUUAGACGAUAACUGCUGGGGCAGCUAGGUGGUGCAGUGGAUAGAGCACUGGCCCUGAAUUCAGGAGGACCUGAGUUAAAAUCCAGCCUCAGACACUUGACACUCACUAGCUGUGUGACCCUGGGCAAGUCACUUAACCCCAAUUGCCUCACCAAAAAAGAAGAAGAAGAAGAAGAAGAAGAAGAAGAAGAAGAAGAAGAAGAAAACUGCUGUCCUCUUCUUUGUAUGUAAACAUAUAGCCAUGAAAGGCAAAUAAAUAUUUUUAUUUUUUCUCUUUGCUCAUCGUGAAUAACUCCACUAUUCAUGAUCUGUAUCUUCCAUUGAAUGGUCCUGCCAUUUCAUUAUCUCAUAUCUAAAUAGUAACUUAACAAUUCCGAACAGAAUCCAGUGUUCUCAUUUUAAACAUGCCUGUUCAUUUAUUAUAAGUAAAAUGAAUGUUUAUAACUAUGCCUGAUUUGU